CACCCAUUAGCACCACCACCACCAACCUCCGCCACCGGCGACUGUCUUUACUAGCGCGAGGCAGAAGGCCCCAACGCAGCGUCCUCCUCCUCUGAAGAAGAUCCUCCAGGAAGGUGUGUCCCGGCCGCGACUCCAUUGGAGUGCCCAUUGGCCAGCCCGAGAUUCACCGCGCGGCUGCGCUGCAGCACGGCGCACGACACUAUGUGCCAGCGGCGGGGCGCCGAUGGGCCAGUGGAGCUGCUCGCCCAGUUGUCGAAGAUGUCCCCGAGCGCAGCAGCCCGUGCGGGGAGGCGCAGCCCGAGGCUAGCGCUCGACGAAGAAGCGCCGGUGUCCGCGUUCAUGGCGCGUGCACCAACCGCCGAGGGCAGGUGCAUCCCCAGCCCUAAGCUUGUUGCAGAAGCCCCAACGGCCACUGUCUCGUGCGCCGGAGUCGCUCAUGGAAGGCAUGGCGAGUCCGGCUGCACAGGCUCCACGAGCAGCGCCGGUGGCACGGGCUCGACCUCCUCCUGGACCUCGUAGUCCAGUGGAGGAGACGACGACGGGGUCGGGCAUGGCCCCCAUCCGUGCACUGGGCAUGGAUGUGGUGGUGGAGGCGCUGCAAGUUCCG